UGCUAAGCUAUUGAAAAAGCUUUAAAAUUCGAAUGAAACAUCUGCUUGAAAAGUUGAUUUCAUUUCUGUCAUAUUUUUUUACGUAAGUAAAAAGGCUUACUACGACUACAUUUGGGCAGAAAUACCCGACGAAAAUAAUUUGCAUGGCAAUCCAUUUCCCGUUGUGUAUGUCAACACUGAGUAAACGGCUGGUUCUUGCCAAAAGGAGUAUUAUCACAAGCCUUGCAUUUGUAUUGGCAAAGGAUAUUUCGGACCGAUAUCCAGCCACUGACAAUUUUCUAGAAGGUUGCAUUUGGUUCAGCUUACAGGAACUAAACUCAUCCAACGGAAAAAAUAAUGAUGACGAGAAGCUGUCAGUUGUGGGGAACACUCCUGUUAUCAAUAACUAUGUUGAGUUUUGAGCUGGGCGGUGAGGUUUGCGAGAAGGCUAAAUGUAGCUCGAGAUGUAAAAAUCAUGGCGAUCAUUGUAAUCUGCUCUGGAAUUGCAGCAGUGUUAAUUAUAAUUGUUCUAUGAACUGCGAGGGGAAAGGGUGUAAACAGACGUGCAAUACUGGAGUAGAAGUAUGUGAAAUGAAUCUAGAGUGUAAAGGCGACGAUUGUGACCAAACCUGCAUGGCUAACACGUGUAAACUGAACUGCAGCGGGAAAAAUUGUAAAAAACAGAGGUGCCUUAAAGAAGGCGGACUUGCAUGUGAAAUGGAUCUAGAAUGUAAUGGUCAGGAUUGUGAACAAAUCUGCAACGCUCAUAAAUGUAACCUGAACUGCAGCGGGAGAAGUUGUAAAAAACAAAAGUGCGAAGGUAAAGGAGAUGUAUGCGAAAUGCAUCUAGAAUGUAACAACCAGGAUUGUGAACAAAUCUGCGAAGCUAAAAAAUGUAACCUGACCUGCAGCGGGAAAAAAUGUAAAACGCAAAAUUGCACAAAAAACGCAGAAUGCAAUAAGCGAUGGAAUGCUAACGAUUGUACACAGAUGUUUGAUGGUCACUCCAUCACCUCAGAUUCAUACAUGUCGAAUAUUGUGACAUCUAUUGGGGCUUCAACGAUUCGAGUGUUCACGACUAAAAUUUCAACAGGAGAUGAAACAGAAGCUUACACUUUGUUGCAAUCAAUGUCGCAGUCACCUUUAUCAUUAAUCUCACCUUCACCAUUACUAUCAUCUUCAUCACACUCACCAUCAGCAGCAAUAUUACCAGCAGAGGCAUCAGCAUCUCCAUCAACACUAUUACUAUCAUCAUCAAAGCCAGCAGCAACCCAACAGCAACAUCAGCAUUAG